CAUUUUCUCCAUCAUUUUUCUUAAAUUAUUUUAGUAUAGAGUAAAUGUAUGUAAUAAGGACCUAAGGUUUGUGCGUCAACAAAGGUAAAACUAUCGGAAAUUCGUUCAGAUAUGUACGCCCAGAUGUUUCUGUGACAUAUUUGGGAUAUUUACAUAACUCCAUUCAACUCAUUAUCUUGGCUUGUUUCUUGAAAUCUGGCCCAAAUAUUGGGAAAAAUAUAUUUUUAAUAACAUCGUGUUAGGAUAAAAAAGGCUAAUAUUCGCAAUGUUUGAUACUAAAGACAUAACAAAAAUUAUGUCAUAUAUGUCAGUAAAAAGUUAAACCAAUGUUGCUGUGCUCAACAGCUGCUUUAAACAGAAAUGACGAUGUUGCUAAGUUUUGACUGAAGUAUUAAUGAACCCUGAUUGUGUGACCUUAAGUGUUCGUUGUCUACAGUCUGCUAACCUCAGGUGUGAACUCAUAUAAAGCCACACAGCUGAAGAUGGAGCUUGUUUAUGUCCUUUUUUUCUUUUUUAUAUGCUCUGCAGGUUGCUUACCUGCCAGUAAUUGGUAUAUGACUGUACCUGACAUGGUUACAGGGAAAUUGGGUAAAGAUGUACUCCUGCCCUGCAACUUUACACCUCCAGCUCAAAAAGAACAGGAAAGUUUAACAGUUAUUUGGCGAACCAAAUUCCAUUACACUGGACCAGUCAUAUUUAGCUGUCUAAGCAAGACAGACAUGUCUGAAACUGGACAGAACUGCUCCAAAUCACACGGACGUUACUCAUUACUUGGCAACCCAAGAAGUAACAACAUUUCUCUGAGGAUCAAAGACGUCACAUUCAUGGAUGAAAAAACGUAUUUCUGUCGUAUUCAGUUGAGUAAAUCAGGCAGCUUUGAAACUCUAACAGGAACCAGACUAAACAUACACGUGGCUCCAGAGCUACUGUCCAUUUAUAUACAAACGCGUGCAUCAGGGGAACAGCUUGUGACAUGUGAUGUUAAGGGGUCACCUCCUCCAACCGUGAUGUGGAUCAUGCCUGAGAACAUAAGUGCACCCUCCGUAUCGGUGCAGAGCACCUGUUGUAGUGCAUCAUCCUCUAUUGCAUAUAAGCCCAACACCAACUACACCUGCCAGAUACAUGGAGAGAAUGGGCUGCAACAUCAGACAAUUUACUUCCAGGCAGCCACGGAGCCAAAGGGUCAGGUCUCCUGGCCACUUUUCUUUACCUUUGUGACUCUUUCAGGGGUUUUCUGCAUCGUUUCAGUCAUUUUGGCAGUAUUGUAUAUAAAAGGGCUUUUGGGGAUUAUGGAGACUACACAACACAGUAGGGCAAGAGACCUGUUUCAAAAAAAUGAAGUCACUUAUGAGAAUACGAACAUUAUUAGGAACUGCAUCUGAACAGAUAUACAUCACUCAUCAUCUGAAAGAGAUCUCAUUUCUCUGAGCUAUUGUAUCAAUUCACUUUAAGAUGAUAGUAAAUGUAUCUUUCUUUGUAAUACAGGGUGGAUGGAACAAUUUUUUUAAAGUAUUUGAAGAUUACAAAUAAAAAUAAUGAGGUUAUGCUUAAAAUGUUGUUAUACAGAUUUUCUUUUUCAAAUUAGAUUUACAUGUAAUUUUGAUAUGCUUUUAAAUUAUUUGCUUUCAUUUACAUUUACG